AUGUCGUUGCUUAGAAUCCUUCUGAUAAUCAUAUUUUUGAGGAUAGUUUUGUCCAUUCCUGACACAAUCAUAUUACAAUUGAGUGCUGAACUAAAAAUUAAAAUCCAAAUUUACAUCGGCUUUGGAAAGAAUCUUGACUUUCCAAGCUCAGAUGACAAUUACCCGAAAUUGGUUAUUUAUAAUAACAUAAGUGAAGAGUUUAAGACCUAUCACGACGAACCUGUGCUUCUAAUAAUACGACUUGAAGAUUUGGAUUUGAAUUUGGCCACUUUGGAUGUGCUAAGAUCCUAUCUCGCGGAUAGGCAAUUCAAUGAUAUAUUACUGAUAGAUAGAGAUAAAGAAAAUACAAGCAGUUAUAUGGAUAUAUGUGAAGCUUACUGGAAUGCAGGCUUUUCACACUUGCUAAUCUACAACUCGCGGGACCAACUUUGGUCAAUAAAAGCCUAUCCUUACUUGCAUAUAAGGCCUACAAACUUGAAAGAGUAUAUAAAAAACAGGAAUACCCGUAACUUGAUGGGAUAUCCAAUGCGAGUUUUAGUGACCAACGAUCCGCCUCAUUGCUUUGUGGAUGAAGAUGAACUACCGAAUUCUCCGAAUCGCUAUAAAGGCAGUAUAGCCACCGUGUUGAAGAUAUUUGCGGAUCGGCUCAAUGCAACUUUUCAAGCGAUUCCUUAUCCUGAAUUUCAACGCUAUUCCACCGGCGAAUGUCUGCAGAUGGUCAGGAAGGAUGAAGUCGAUGCCUGUGGCAGUAUCUUCAUAAGGACCUACGAGUACGCCACCAGUCAACCAGUUCGCUUGAAUCGUGUGGUUAUAAUGGCGCCAUUUGGCAACCCCAUCGAGAAGUUCUACUACUUCUUCAGGCCCUUUGACUUGUACGUCUGGAUCGGAACUGGCAUUAUCGUGUUCUAUAUCGCGGUAAUGGGUUCCUUGCUCCAUCGCCUGCACUGCAAGGAAUGGGAUGUGGGUCAGUACCUCCUGCUGGCCGUGCAAACUCUGCUGAACCGGGAACUGUCUUUGCCGCAGUCUUCGCGUGGAUCCAAAUUGAUGUUACUGCUCCUGCUAUUUGGCAUUGGAUUUAUUCUCUGCAAUUUAUAUGUGGCACUGCUGUCCAUGAUGCUGACCACAAAGCUGUUCCAGAGACCCAUUGAAAACUUGGCCGACUUGAAGGCGGCCAAUGUGAGCAUACUACUCCAGAAGCACAAUGUCAAACCUAAUUCGGUGUACGGAAGCUCGGAGGAGUUGAGGGAGAGGUUCCAGCUGGUUGAGGAAUCCCUACACUUGGCGAAGAGAAAUAACCUGGAUCCAAGUUACGCCUACGUGGACUCGGAGGACAGAAUGGAUUUCUACCUAUACCAACAGAAAUUCCUUCGAAGGCGCAGGAUGAAGAAGCUAUCCAAUCCCGUGGGUUACACCUGGGCCGUUCAGGUCAUCAGGCAAAACUGGGUCUUGGAAAAACACUACAAUGAGCAUGUGCAACGCCUGUUUGAGACCGGAUUGCAAAAUAAACUGGUGGAUGAUGUCCACGAGUUGGCCGUGAAGGCUGGCUUCCUGCACUUCUUUCCCACCCAACCGCAGGCCAUCGAACCACUGCGACUCGAGGACAUAGUGAUGGCUGCCAUGGUCCUGGGCGGCGGACACGCCCUCGCCGGGAUCUGCUUCCUGGGCGAGCUGUUCGCCUAA